AUGCGCCCGAUCCUCUUCGCCACUUCGGUCCUUGCCGCACUGGCUGCUGCAGACAGCACAACCACCAUCAGCUACUUUGGACUUGAUGCCAAUGUCAAUACGUACGGUGCAAAGCCCGGUGCCUACACCAGCACCGCUGCCAGCGUGGUCGGCAGCGAUAGCACCGCAACCACAUACGCAAUCGCCUGUUUGAAGGGCGCCGAAAAAUGCGCUCUCCCUCACCCCGUAACCCUAGUCCAGGGUUCUGCGACCUACAGCCUCUCAGGCGAAUACAGCAUUGAGACCAUGGGCGCGACAGGCAUCAUCACCGACGUUGAGGCCUGCACUUUUACUCAUUCCACUGAAUCAGCCUCUUGCUCGUGGAGCGUCGAUUUCACCAUCUCCUCGGGAGAUAUGACCAUUUCGACUUCCAACACGGAUUCGAAGAGUGUUGAGCCGAAGUCGAUCAGCUGGCGCAACCUUGAAGUCACGGCCGGUGUUGGUGCACUCACUUCUACCACCUCUGGGUCGGCCACCGAGGCUACUACCGGUGCUGCGUCUACUGAAGCCGCUACGGCUGGGGCUACUGUGACUGCGGCUUCUGAUGCUGGAGCCACUUCUACUGGCGGUGCUGCUCGCGGAAAUGCUUUGGCCACGGCUGGGCCAAUGGGGGCUGUUGUUGCUGUUAUUGUGGCGAUAUUAUGA